AGCAAUUAGGAGACCAUGGAGCCUGGACAGGGUUGUGCGAGUGUCCCAAGAGGAGUUAGGCGCGCAAGACGAGGCUCACUUGAUUCCCGGCCUGGCUCUGGCUCUGGCUCUGCUCCGGCCAGAUCCAACAUGGCUGCUGACGGGCUGGACGUGAUGGAGAAUGAUAAAUCACAACAGAAAAAGGGUGAAGAGGAAGGAGGGCAGAAGACGGUUGCCCCAGAUAUGCUUAUCAAACAUCCCCUACAGAACACCUGGACUCUCUGGUUCUUCAAAAUUGAAAACAAUCGCAGUUGGGAAGAUUGCCAAGUUGAGAUUGCUAGCUUCAACACAGUUGAGGAUUUCUGGGCGUUGUACAACCACAUUGAACCAGCUUCACGAUUGAAAGUAGGUUGUGAUUAUUCAAUGUUCAAGCAAGGGAUUAAACCCAUGUGGGAAGAUGCACACAACUGCCGAGGAGGUCGAUGGCUUAUUAAUCUCAACAAGCAACAGAGAUCCACUGAACUUGACAACUUUUGGAUGGAGGUGCUGCUGCUAAUGAUUGGAGAAUCUUUUGAAGAGCAUAGUGAUGAAGUGUGUGGAGCUGUUGUUAAUGUGAGAGGCAAGGGUGACAAGAUUGGUGUGUGGACAGCUGAUGCAAAAAAGAACGAUAGCAUCCUUAAAAUUGGUCAAGUCUUGAAGGUUCGUCUAAACAUCCCCAGGCAGGUGAGCAUUGGAUUCCAAGCUCACACAGAUACCAUGCUAAAGUCUGGAUCCACCGCCAAGAACAGGUUUACUGUCUGACACUCACAACCACACAUAGUAACAAGUCUGUUAUUACGUUUUGGAGAUGUAGUAACCAGCGAUUUCUGUAUCAGAUGUGUUUUCACCAGACUUUAUGUUGGAGAGAGGAGACUAUGUUUUUUUUUUAAACAGUGUUGCACUGAAACCAGAAUUUCCAAACACUAUCUGCGUCUUGCAUUCCCAAACUGUAAGGAAGGCUACAUGUUUACUAGCAAGCCAGAGUUAGUGUGUAAGGAAGAGUUUAAGGAAGAAUUGUAUGUAAUAGUUUGGAUCACAAACAUUUAUGUAUGUUUGUACAAAGUAAUUUUUGUUUUAAUGGCUAAGAUGCUUGAUUGUUGCUUAGUUUAAUUGAAAGUUAAACCAAUCCACACAGUUUCACAUUCUCAGAAUGGGCAUGCAUAUCUAGCAAUUAACCACGAUUUCAAUAGUCAUUCAUCAUAGUAACUUGUAGAUUCAUGGAUUAAGUUAAAAAUGAUAAAAUCCACAUUGGAUAUUGGGUUCUUUGAAUUAUUCUUGAAAUCAUGGUUCAUUUCCACUUGCAGUUUUUCAUUAACCACACACCUAAUGGUUCCAGUGUUUGUUUUACUGUCUCACUUCUCUUCUCUCUUCUCUCAUUUUCUCUCUACCCUCUCUUCCUUCAUCUCCUCUCACUCUUCUCUUCAUCUUUCAUAUUUUUUCUCCUCUCUCCUCCUACUCUUUUUCUUUGAAAUAGUGUUUGGAAACAAGUAAAUUUAUUCUGCAAGGUAACCAAGAAAGACAGGUGGAAUUAGGUCAUAAUGUUAAAUGUUUGCUUUUCUAUUGAGAAAUUUUUGUUUGAAUACAUUCUGGCUUGAGGGUUAGGGAAAGGGAAAAAAGUUAAUAUAUGAGUGUGACCUUUACAUAAACAAUAGAUAUAUCAUUGUUUAAAUAAACUAAAAUAUAUUUUUACUUGCAGCAUGUAUUUCUCUGAGCAGCAUGCUUAUAUGUGACCAUGCCAGCCAUUGCAGUGAACAUAAACAAAAGUGUAUAGAUUUAUAAAUGUGAAAAUUACAGACAUUAAAGGGGUGGCUUUGAAUGUGGUAGUUUAAAGUAUGCAAGCUUGAGAGACCUGCAAAAAUAAGACUGUAGUGCUGUGUAGAACCUGCUGCUCCUUUGAACAAUUGAAAUAAUAGUAAAUCAUGAUAGAUGAAACAGUCAUUUGUGACACCUAUGGAAAAUAGGUGAAAAAUAAUUAGAUGAUAAUAUUUUGAUCUUUUCUCUAUCUAUAAAAAAGUAAUGUUCAUCUUUUAUGAUUUACCUUUUAUGUGAUUCUUGCUCCUUGGUUGGCUUCUGUGGAGAUAAAACUAUCCUAAUGCUUGUUAUAAAAUAGAGGAAAGUUUGACAUACUUCAUAUGGGCCUCAGGCAAGUUUUCAAACAGAGCUUGUGAUAUUUAGAAUGGCUGAAUGAUCACUUCAAAAAGGGUAACCAAAGAGUGAAAAUGCAAACAUAAGGGCCAACAUUAUCACCUGAAAAGUUUAUCUUGCAAUGUCUUCUGAAACUGGAUUGAGAUUCUAGUAUGCAGGUAACAACCAUUCUCACAAGUCCUAUAAUUGUCUUGGACAGAAAUGGAGCCAAACUUGGGGUAAAUCACUGUGAAUGGUACAGUCUGAAAGUUGCAUCUUGGUAUUGGAAGGAAGUCCUUUCUGAAUGUUCUUUGGGAACUGCUUUUCAUGAAAAAGAAGUCCUAAAUUCUUGUCAGCAGGGAGCAUUUCUUUCUACUAUAGAUGUAUAAAUACAUCAACUGUUAAAUUCUGUGAUAGACCCUAAUUUUAUUACUUGUAUAUAUGAAAGGUGUAAGAGUACUUUUUGGAGUUACUUGUGAGGCAGAAUGUUGAAGUGUCCUUUAUUUAUUUUGGUUAACAGUAAAUGAUUUUAGAGGAGCAGGGAAAUGUAAUAAUUGAAUUAGAGGGACUGAGAAUUAUUGGGCUUAAUGUUACAACACAUUUGCAAAUUUAAUUGUCAAACCUUUUUGAGUGUCUGCUUUUGAGUGCAGGGAAUGUUGAUAAACAGGUACUGGGCUUUACUUCUUUGUGUGACUAUUUUAGUUCACAGUUUAUUCAAGUUCAUACCCCACACAUUUUUACAAGCAAGACCUGAUAAUAGUAAGCAGUGGGUUUCCAGUGAUCAUUUUGUCAUGCACCUCAGUGUUGCAUAGUAUUAUAAUAAUUCUCCAAUUAUAUCACUUAGUAUAGCACUUACAUGGGAGAAAAUAUGAAUUUAAGUUAUUUUUCAUGGGCCUCAGACAAGUUUUCAAAUGGAGCUUGUGACCCAUGGACCUGCAUAUGAGGGAAAUAUCUGAAAUUGGGAAGUUCAUGGGAUGGAACAUCAGGUAGGAAACCAUAAUGAAGAUUUGACAGAAGAGAACUUCGAAGUGAGAUUCCCAGGGCCAAGCCUAAUUAUCAUUCACUGUUCGUAUUAUUUUGUUGAAGUUUUACAAAAAAAUAUCUUCCUGCUUUGUUGCUAAUCUUCCAGAUAUGGAAGUGGAUACUGACUUGUUCUGUUGGUGAAGCAUUACCAAGUAAUGGGCCCCAAUUCCUAAGCUUUAUAUUAUGUAAAACAGACGACAAGAACUUCACUAAUUUAGGAGGGUACUUGAGUGUUUGUGUAGUCUGAUCCAUAUUUGAAUGCCUUCCUUUCUGUGGGAACUUGUGAUUCAACAGAGAGCUUGAUGGCAUGUUGACCACCAUCAACACUUUUUGGAGCCCAUCACUAGAGCUGUAAUCUUUCCCAAGCCUUAUAACCAGUGACUUGGAAAGAGUAUUUGUCACUUGUCAGUUUAUUAUAAAUUUCUGAAGGUUCUGCUAUUUCGUAUAAAACACUAAAAUGUGAAAAAUAUACCAGUGUAGUUCUAGAUAUCCUUUUAUAAUAAAUUAGGUGUUAUGAGCCA